AUGUCUAAGGAUGAUGAUACGACGUUCUCGGACGCCAAGAGUGAUCAAGAUCUGCAAGGAAUUCUCGCUUCUAUGGCUCGGGCCAUUCGGCAGAUGGCGGAGCGUCAGAGCAAGCAGGAGGCUGCCACGUCAUCUACAGUGCAGAACACUGCAUUGCUGCUUGGGACGUUCCUCUACGACCCAGACCAGGAUCCCACAUACAAGAACUGGUUCGCUCGCAAUCGCUCAAUCCUGGAGGAGUCCAGUUCGGUAGAAAAGUUGAGAUCGCAACUGCUCCUUAAGGCACUGGGUCCGAAUGAGUAUUCGAGGUUACUCAGCCGACUGUCCCCAGCUCGUCCGGAAGAAAAAGACUACGCAGAGUUGGUCGAACUCUUAACCAAGGUAUUCGGGCCGUCGAAAUCUGUUCUCCGGCGUCGUCACGAUAUUCUCUGCCAAGCUGCCCCGCUGUCCGCUUCGUCGAAUCCAGAGGAGAUCAUCGACUGGGCUAACUUGAAGGGGGAUCAGUUCGAAUUCGGUAGCAUGGACGUCGAAAAGUUCAAGAUUUUUCUCGCCAUCAAUUAUGCUGCCGGUCCGUCGUUCAAGACUCUACGCAGCAUCAUGCUCAAGGCUGUCGACGACAGACCCGAACUCACAGUCGCGGAGCUGCGUGAGGUGCUUAUCCGGUUCGCGGCUCGUACGCGUGACUCUACGUCGGACAAUUCAGUUGACCAAUCAUCUAGCAUCAAGCAGGUUCAUAAGAAGCUGACCCGUCAGUCGCCCAAACCGCAUUCUGAACCGAGACCGCAAGGUACCUACAGGCAGAACUCAACUUGUGGUGGCUGCGGAGGUGAUCACACCCGUCACAGUUGCGAGUGGAGGACCGCGAAGUGUCGUAGGUGUGGAAAGAAGGGUCAUCUGGCGAGCAAGGAGAACCUGUCACUAGGCGUGAGCAGCCUCCGCGCAACGUCAAGAAACCGACUGAUUACGCAGCAUUGGGAAGAGGCUUGA